UUGGAAAUAUAUACUCAACCCAACUGAGAUACUCAUUUCUAAGGAAAGCAGACUGAUUUCUACCCACCAAAAAUCAUUUGCACUGUCAUUGUCUGGAAACAUAUUUUUUUCUUAUAAAGAAGUUAUGCAAUAAAUUCUGAAAGGAUAAACCUAAUAUAAUAAAUAAAAGUUUUUAAAAUUGAAGCGCCAGAUAGUGCAGAACAAUAUUAAAUUGUACAAAAACCUUAUCUUCUCGGAUUCCGAGACUCGGAAGUAUUCAAACAAAUAUACAUUCUUUAGCAAGUGAAAUAAAUUGAAAAGUUUUCUUCACAUUGUUACGUGACUUCCGUUAAAUCUUCACACACUGUUGCAUACUACCAAGAAUAAUAUUAGUCCGAUGGAACCUAAGGAAGAUAAGAUGCGGAAAUGUCCCAUCUGUUCAAAAGCUUUUCCUACCAAACAACGUUUGAGACACCAUAUCUUCAUUCAUGAUCCAGAUGCUAAAUUGAAAUGUGAGGUAGGUGAAUUUACAAGUUUACAAAACCAGCCGACUAUGUAUAACAUUCUUAAUUUAUUUCAGACUUGCGGAAAAAUAUUCAAAAAUAGUCUCCGUCUCAAAGUCCAUAUAGGAAGCUUGCACACUGGAAUUAAAUUUCUCGGUCAAAUAUGUCGGAAAGAAUUAAGUUGCUCCACAAGCUUAAGAAACCACAUGGACAGAAUUCACAGCGCGAAGGAACGACCACGAUAUCCAUGCAAGUUUCCCGACUGUACUAAAUCAUUUCUGAACAAGGGUCAUGUCUCGGAUCACUUUAAAAUGGAACAUGCUGAAAAUCCCGUUCGAUUUCCGUGCUUUCUCUGUUGGAAGGAAUUCAAAACCAGACCAGGUCUAAAUUUGCACAUUUCUUCGCACACGAAGGAGAAAGUGUACAAGUGUAAAAUUUGUGGGAAACGAUUCGGACAAUCGCCACACUUGUCAAGACACGAGCAAACACACCUGGAUAUACAUGCUCGAAAAUUCUUAAAGUGCCAACUUUGUUAUCGCACUUUCACGGAGAAAUCGGGUCUUCGGUAUCACGAUCGGACUUUUCACGAAAAUAAAAAAUAUCCGUGUAAGCUGUGCGACGCGAGUCUAUCGUCAUUACGAAGUUUGAACCAUCACAAGAAAGCAAUGCACUCAACACACAAAGAAAAACUUCAUUCUUGUGACAAAUGUCCGUAUAGAACUUGGUCAAAGGGGAAUUUAUCUAAACACGUGAAGGGAAACCACACUAAGGAUAACCAAUGUUAUUUUUGCAAAGUGACGCUCUGUACUUUCUCUAGUUUGGUGAAACACUGUAGUCGUGUUCACACUUUAGAAAAAGUUAUUAAUCUAAAUAGGGCUUGGACCUCUCCGUAUUGGCGUUUCAUAAAUUUAAGUGGAUCUUCAAUGUUCAAUUUAAUGUGCAAAUUGCAUUUGAUAAAUGAGAAAUGAAA